AUGACGAUAGGAAAGCGCCCUCGAAGCGAGAUCUGGGUUGUACUAUCCCCCCUUGUGCAGAAGAUUGACAAGCGACAGCCUGGGUUCUCGGGAGGAUAUCUGAUGAGCAACAAGUUACGUAGUGAUGCUUCUCCAAGCAUUGAACCUGGCGACUGGCAGGAACACAAUGUAUCCGGAUUGGAUAUGCAUGAUGAGACGAUACAGGCGUGGUCCCAGGUCCCAUCCCGCGCCACAACGAAAACGGGAAGUCGACACGAGUUUCGAGAUGAGUGCGAGCCAAGACAGAGGGCUGCGAGGUUGCCGCCCAUACUGCUGCCCAGGAGACACUGUAGUGUCUAUGAUCAAGUACCUAUUUCUUGA